AAUACAUUUUUCUCCUUUUCUUUAUCUCUUUUUCUUUCUUUUUCCACUUUUUUUCUUUUCGUAUUUUCUUUGACUUACUUUCCAGAACAUCAUGGGACAAACGCUUUCUGAACCGAUUACUGAAAAAACAACAACUCAAGAAGCCAAUAGCAAGUACUUUUAUGGUUGUUCUCAUAUGCAAGGCUGGAGACUUACUAUGGAAGACGCACACACGACUUUAUUGAAGCUAGGUGAUACGAACGCAAGUUUCUUUGGUGUCUUUGAUGGUCAUGGAGGAUCCACUAUUGCACAAUACACAGGACAAACAUUGUAUAAAAAGGUACUUGAAAGCAAACAUUUUGAAAAAAAGGAGUACGCAUUGGCCUUGAAAGAUGCGUUUUUGGCCCUCGAUAAAAGCUUAAUUGAAGAUAAUAAUUUUGCCUAUGACCCUUCUGGAUGUACUGCUGUUGCUGCCCUUGUCACUGAAGAUGAACGUAUCAUUGUGGCUAAUGCAGGUGACUCAAGAGGCAUAUUGAGCAUUGAUGGCAAAGUAAAGCCACUCUCUUAUGAUCAUAAGCCUACAGAUGAAGCUGAAAUGGAAAGAAUUGUCAAGGCUGGUGGCUUUGUUGAAUUUGGUCGCGUCAAUGGUAAUUUGGCUUUAUCACGCGCUAUAGGUGAUUUUGAAUUCAAACAAAACGAUUCUCUCCCAGCAGAAAAACAAGUUGUUACAUGUGAUCCUGAUAUUAUUGACCAUAAGAUCACAAAGGAUGAUGAGUUCUUUGUUUUGGCGUGUGAUGGUAUUUGGGACUGCAUGUCGAACCAAGAUGUGGUUGAUUUUAUACGUUCAGGCAUAGCAGAAGACAAAACACUUGAAGAACUUUGUGAAAGUAUCAUGGAUAAUUGUUUGGCAGACGAUCAGACAUCCAGUGGACUCGGUUACGACAACAUGUCAGUGAUGAUCAUUGCCAUCCUUAAUGGCAAAACAAAAGAAGAAUGGUACCAAUCCAUCAAAGAGAAAGUGUUAAAAAGUAAAGCAAGCACAAAUCAUACCAACAACAACAUUCAGACAAAAGAAAAUGAUUUGACAACAUCUACAACAGCAAAAUAAAUUUAAUAUGUACUUUUUUCUUUUCUUUUUUUUUAUUUUGUCUUUCGCUUUCGAAUAAUAAAUUAAAAUAUACAUUUAAACUUUUUUGUGAUACGGUU